CGUCUCUAAAAUAUCUGCUUCUCCUCUUUAAACCCUAAUUCACUUUCUAGGGUUUUUGAGGAUUCCUUUUUCUCUGCCGCUCUCUCACUCUAUUCACAUCAUCUGUUAUGGGUAAAUCAAGCAAGAAGGUCGCUAAGGUCGAAGCAGCUGCUGUCGUCGCUGCUCCCACCAAGCCUUUGAAGAAAGGCAAGAGAGAGGCAGAGGAUGAUAUUAAGAAGAAAGUGGUGAGUGCUAAGAAACAGAAGGUGGAAGAAAAUAAGGUGGAGGCCAAAAUUGAGAAGAAGGUCCUUAAGAAGAAGGUCGAGUCUUCUUCUUCUGAUGACUCUUCUUCUGAAGAUGAGCAACCUCCCAAGGCUAAGGCACCGCCUGCCAAGAAUGGGUCUGCUAAGUCAGACUCGGAGGAAAGCAGUGGUUUAGAGGAAGAUGUUCCGAAGAAAGCCCCUGCUGCCGCAAAUAAUGGAAAGGCAGCCAACAAGAAGCAGCAGGAGUCGAGCGAUGAUGAUUCUUCCUCUGAAGAUGAGAGCAGUUCUGAUGAGGAUGUCCCUGCAGCUAAGGCUCCUGUUGCUGCGCCUAAGAAGGCCCCUGCAGCUGCUGCCAAGAAGAAAGAGGAGUCCUCUGAUUCCUCUGAAGAUGAUAGCAGCUCUGAUGAGGAUGUUACCCCAGCCAAGAAACCUGCAGCCCCAGCUAAGAAAGCAGCUGUACCUGCAGCAAAGAAAGAUGAGUCAUCAUCCGAAGAAGAGUCCAGUUCUGAUGAGGAUGAUGCUCCGGCCAAGAAAGCUCCUGUGACCGCCCCUGCUGCAGCCAAGAAGAAAGAAGAAUCCCCUGAUUCUGAGGAUGAUAGCAGUUCUGAUGAGGAUGAUGCCCCAGUCAAGAAAGCAACUCCAGCUCCAGUUAAGAAGGCAGCCGCCCCUGCCAAGAAAGAUGAAUCUUCGUCUGAGGAAGAGUCUAGUUCUGAUGAGGAUGAUGCUCCGGCCAAGAAAGCUCCUGCUGCAGCUCCCAAGAAGAAAGAGGAGUCCAGUGAUGAAUCUGAUUCAGAAGAAAGCUCUGAUGAGGAAGAAGCACCCAAGGCUGCUUCAUUGAAGAGACCCACUGCAGAUGCUAAAAAGGCCAAGGAGGAAAGUUCUGAUGAUGAUAGUGAUGAGAGUUCUGAAGAAAGUGAUGAUGAACCUCAGAAAAAGAAGAUUAAAGGCCAAGCAAAGAAGGAUUCCAGUUCCGAAGAGUCCUCUGAGGAAGAUGAGUCUUCAGAGGAAGAAGAUGAAAAACCUGCCAAGACUCCCAAGAAAACAAGUGGAGAUGUUCAAAUGAUGGAUGUUGACAAUACUCCCAAGACACCUUCCACACCCAAUUUGCAAUCUGGAGGUUCAAAAACUCUAUUUGUAGGAAACUUAUCCUUCUCUGUCGAGCAAGCUGAUGUUGAGAACUUCUUCAAAUCUGCUGGGGAAGUUGUAGAUGUCCGUUUUGCUAUGGGUCAAGAUAAUUCAUUCAGGGGCUUUGGUCAUGUUGAGUUUGCUACCGCAGAAGCAGCAGCAAAGGCAUUGGAAUUGAAUGGUCAAGAGUUGUUGGGUCGUGGAGUGAGACUUGACCUUGCUAAAGAAAGGGGUGCUGCCACUCCGUUCAGUGGUGGCCGGGAUUCACAAUCCUUCCAGAGGGGAGGAGGAGCUCAGGGACAAACAGCAUUUGUUCGUGGCUUUAACAAAUUUGACAGUGAAGACCAGAUUAGGAGCGCCCUGGAGGAGCAUUUCAGCGAAUGUGGCGAAAUCACCCGAGUUUCCAUCCCCAAAGAUCAAGAGGGUGGUGUGAAAGGUAUUGCUUACCUUGAUUUCAAGGAAGGAGAUGGCUUCAACAAAGCUUUGGAGCUAAGUGGAUCUCAACUCGGUGACAGCACCUUGUAUGUUGAUGAGGCCAAGCCAAGGGAUAAUAAUGCUUCUGGGGGCGGUAGAGGCUUUGGAAGAAGUGGCGGUCGGGACUCUGGUGGCCGAUUCGGAGGUGGCGGGCGCCGUGGUGGUGGCCGUGGUGGUCGGGACUCUGGUGGUCGUUUUGGUGGCGGUGGUAGAGGAGGACGUGGAUUCGGCAACAAACCCAGCUUUACUCCAUCUGGAAAGAAAACCACAUUCAGCGAUGAGUAGACGUUGCCAUAAUUUCUGAAGUAUUUAUGAAGUCUAUGCUGAGUUUUGUUUAUUUACUGUUUUAGGCAUUAUAAUUUUUAUUUUCGUGUGGAUCUGGAUCUUUUAAGCUUUAUGCUUAAGACAAUUUAUUAAGGUGCAAAUUUUUAUA